AUGCUGAUAUUGGGAAUCGUACUCGCGGUAAUUGCCGCUAUUUUGGUCAUAGCAGCGGCGGUCUUCUGGUUGACGCGCAUGGUGAGCCAGAAAGAGGUGGCGGACCUCAACCGUUUCCUUGAUGGCGCGGAGUGCCAGUGGCAGAGGCUGGGUAGUUCAAACACCCAAGGCAUCGAAGAGGGCGUCUAUUUCGUCAAUCAAGCCCCUGCAUCCCAGGGCAUAGAAAUGCGCGUGUACGAAUACGCGGAACCUGUCGAUGGCUCCGAAGCAGACGAUGAAGGCGUGUGUCUGUCCAUCAUCGACACGGCGAACCUCAACGGCAUGAUUCUCAACGGCUUCUCUCUGCACUUGGAGGCCAUGCAGUUCGGCGAUACUCUCUGGAAUGACCACUUCCUUGGUGACACCGGCAUCAUGGAACGGAUGAUUACCGAAAAACGCGUAGCCUGGGAUCAGAUUCAGCAGGAAAUCAUCGUCGGGCACUACGCGCUGUUCAUGUAG